AUGUCAGACAGGCUCAAGGAACGCAAAAGAACCCCAGUUUCUCAUAAAGUGAUAGAGAAGCGGCGGAGGGACCGAAUCAACCGCUGCUUGAACGAGCUGGGCAAGACAGUCCCCAUGGCCCUAGCGAAACAGAGUUCCGGGAAACUGGAGAAGGCUGAGAUCCUGGAGAUGACAGUUCAGUACCUCAGAGCUCUGCACUCUGCGGAUUUUCCUCGGGGAAGGGAAAAAGCAGAGCUUUUAGCAGAGUUUGCCAACUACUUCCACUAUGGUUACCACGAGUGCAUGAAGAACCUGGUGCAUUACCUCACCACCGUGGAGAGGAUGGAGACCAAAGACACCAAGUAUGCGCGCAUCCUCGCCUUCUUGCAAUCUAAGGCCCGCCUGGGCGCGGAGCCCGCCUUCCCGCCGCUCUCGCUCCCGGAGUCGGAUUUCUCCUAUCAGCUGCAUCCCGCCGGUCCAGAGUUUGCGGGCCACAGCCCGGGCGAGGCCACUGUGUUCCCGCAGGGGGCUACCCCAGGGUCACUGCCUUGGCCCCACGGCGCGGCCCGCAGCCCAGCACUGUCUUACUUAUCUAGCGCGCCGGUACCUCUCCCCAGCCCUGCGCAACAGCACAGCCCCUUCUUGGCUCAGAUGCAGGGCCUGGACCGGCAUUACCUCAAUCUGAUCGGCCAUGCCCAUUCCAACACCCUCAACCUGCACACGCCCCAGCACCCUCCAGUGCUCUGA